AUGCUAUCAAAGUGUACAACCAGAUUUACCCCAAGAUUUAUCAGAUCAGCGCUUUUUUCCACCUAUCCACACAUCAUGAGCGACUACCCUGUUACCAAACCAGAUUCCGAGUGGAGGGCCACUCUUACGCCAAUGCAAUACAAAGUUCUCAGGAACGCAGCAACUGAGCCACCCAAUUUUGAUCCAGAAUUUGAUAAAAAAGGUCUCAGCCCGGGAGUCUACAAAUGUGUAGGGUGUGGCAACCCGCUUUACAAGUCGUCUACCAAGUUCAACUCCCAUUGUGGAUGGCCCGCAUUCUACCAAGCACUUCCAGGAUCGGUCACCACCAAGACUGAUACAAGUCAUGGAAUGGAGAGAACUGAAAUGAACUGCAGCAAGUGCGGGGGCCAUUUGGGCCAUGUGUUUAAGGGUGAGGGUUAUGCGACGCCUACGGACGAGAGACAUUGUGUGAACGGAGUGAUUUUAAAAUUUGAGCCAGACACCAUGUGA